CGCCUCCUCGCGAGGAGCAUGCAGUGCUCGCCCUGUUUGGUGGUGGCCCUCAGCGCCACGCUGGUCGCCUUGGGAAUGCUGAUCCUCUGGCUCUACGGCCGCACGCCGACUCGGUACGGGAAGCACGCCGAGGAGGAGACGGGGGAGAAGCCGCCCGAACAGAAACCACGCCGCCUCCACCUGCCCGCCAAAUGCGCCUGGUUCCUACAGGAGCUGCCGGCUUUCUUGGUGCCCGUGCUCCUGCUGGCGCUGCGCAGCCCGCCACGGUUCGCACCGCUGGGCUGCAGGCUGCUCGGCGGCAUGUUUUGCGGCCACUACUUCCACAGGACAUUCAUUUACUCAUUACUCACAAGAGGCAGACCUUUCCCAUUGCAGACACUGCUUUCCGGCAUGUUGUUCUGUGUCUAUAAUGGCUUCCUUCAAGGUUACUACAUGGUUUACUGCGCUGAAUAUCCAGAUGACUGGUGCAAUGACAUAAGGUUUACAUCAGGUAUCCUGUUGUUUUUGUUUGGAAUGGGGAUCAAUAUUCACAGUGAUUUCCUGCUACGCCAGCUAAGAAAACCUGGGGAGCUCACUUACAAAAUUCCACAAGGAGGACUAUUUGUAUACGUAUCAGGAGCAAAUUUUUUGGGGGAGAUACUGGAAUGGUUUGGCUAUGCAAUAGCAACUUGGUGCCUACCAGCUUUUGCCUUUGCACUUUUUACAGUGUGCUUUGUUGGGCCACGAGCUUAUCAUCAUCACAGGUACUAUCUAAGAAAGUUCACAGGCUACCCAAGAUCAAGAAAAGCCUUGAUUCCUUUUAUAUUCUAAAGGACAAUCAUCUAGACUUCGGGAGUGGGGGAGGUUGUUGGUGUUGUAUGUCUUUGUACGAUCUAACUUUAAAGAUAAGUGCUAUUGUUAAUGCUUGUGUGAGUUUCAAAGAGAAAGAUCUUGGUAUAAUGUAGAGCAAGGGUCCCCAGCGUGGUGCCUAUGGAUACCCUGGUGCCCACUAACACCUUUCAUGGCGCCCUUCAAGUGUUGUCAGAAUGCAAGUGCACAGAUGAAAAGGCCUCUUGUUAAACAGAGCUUCUGCCUGAAAUAUCGAAGAGGUACUGUUAGGGUUAUAUAGGCUGUGGUCAGAUAUGCAGUUGGAUCCGUUGUUGCCCCGCCUCUAAUUAAUCCAGAUUAUUUUGUAACAGAGAAUACUGAUCAGACUCACCCCUUAUUUUGUAACAGAGAAUACUAAUCAGACUCACCCCUUUUAGUACUCUUUAAAGCACUUUUAUCCCAUCCUUGAUUGAUCAGAUGCAGCAACCAGGGAUUGUUGCCGUUGGCCAUUUUUUAAAAAAGUUUUAUCCUUUGAGCAUGCUCACAAGUGCUGAUG